AUGGCUACAAAGAUAGGAUCUAUGAAGUUAAAAAGUGAUGUAGGAAUAUGUGGAAUCCUGGAAGACAUUUUAUAUUGUCCUGAAGUUCCCUACAACCUUCUAUCGGUGUCCAAAAUGCAAUGUGCAGGAUACACCAUAGUAUUUAAUCAAGAAGGUGUCAUAGUAUAUGAUAAGAAAGGUGAUGUCAUCAUAAGUGUACCUAGAACCCCGCAAUUAAAUGGUGUUGCUGAAAGAAUGGUUAGAACUAUUACUGAAAAGGCUCGUUCAUUAAUCAGUUGUGCUAAAUUAAAUAAGGUAUUUUGGGGGGAAGCAGUACUCACAGCUGUGUAUUUAAUUAACAUUACCCCAACUAAAGCCUUAAAAUGCAAUAAAACACCAUAUGAGCUUUGGCAUGAAAAAAAGCCACAAAUUAAAUACUUAAAAGUAUUUGGUUCCACUGUCUUUGUUCAUAAUAAAGAAGUAAAAUGUAAAUUUGAUGAUAAAUCAUGGAAGGGUAUACUCGUAGGCUAUGAACCAAACGGUUACAAAGUUUGGAAGCCUGAAAAUGAAAAGUUAGUUAUUGUGAGAGACGUAAUAGUUGAUGAGAUUGACUAUCUUAAGUCCAGGCCUGCUAGUGAGAGUAGGUUGCCUGAAGAGAAUAUUCAAAAUUCUCAAUUUAAAGAAACUGACCCUGAAGACCAAUCAGUUUCAACAAAAUCUCAUGUCUCUAAUAAAUUAAAAUCAGGUAUAAAUAAAUCUGAUGAAUACGAGAUCCCUUGUAAAAUUAUUAAAAGUAACCAUGACAAUACUUCUUCCGUUGAUAAAAAACUCUCAAGUUUAAGCAAACCUACAGAUAGUCACACUGAGUUGAGAAGGAGUGCUAGGAUUAAAGAACUUGACCCUGUAUCUUAUAAAAAUUUAAAUGAUGGUAUAAACGAUUGUUUAAUGUGUGCUCAAUCUAUUUUAUAUGAAAUACCUAAAUGUUAUGACGAGAUUAAAUAUAGAAGUGACAGAACUCUUUGGGAUCAAGCCAUUGCUAGUGAACUACAGUCCUUAUCUGAAAAUAAUACUUGGGUAAUCGUUCCAAAGCCAAAUAAUAAAAAUAUUGUUGAUUGCAAGUGGAUAUUUACAAUUAAAAAUGAUGAAUUUGGAAAUCCAGUAAAAUAUAAAGCCCGCCUUGUAGCCAGAGAACUUUCUUCUAGCAAUAUCGCCUACCUCCACAAUAAGCUAAAGAUGCAAUAUAUUCAAACCUGUGAAAGCUUGGAAUUUUUAAUAUCACCCGUUUCAAUACAACUAGAUGUCAACUGUGUGGAUUGGCCAAAGAAUUAUGUUGGGAAAGUUUGA